AUGGAAGAUGACAUAUUCGAAAAGAACCCAGAUAUCUUGGCGAGUAUCAAUUUAAGAGUAGUUGGGUUAACGGACCGGUUAAGCAUUAGUUUAAAGAAGAAAUACAUGAAGAAACUGCUGUGGAUUUCGAAAAAGCAGCCGUCCAAGCUUAAGAGCAUUUUGAAGCCAACCCCGUAUAUAUUAUGGGAUCAGAUUCAACUCCCGCAAUGUGUCAAACAAGUUCUGGAAAAAGGUCCUAAUUAUGCUCCUGACAACACUAGGAACUGGAGGGGCGUAGUAGCGGAAGUAGAAAGAGGAAUCGUAGGUAUGUGUGAGGUUGAUAAGGACUAUUACAGAUGGAAGACGGCAUUCAAAACUGAAAAACACUCUAUGAGGCAAGGUAAAGAAUUGAGCAUCAACCAGGCUAAAAAAUGGUUGAAUCGCAAUGAUAUAGUGGUCACUAGGGCGGAUAAGAGUAAACAUUUGGUCCUAAUGAAGAAACAAAGGUACAUUGAAGCCCUGGAUGACUAUAUAAAGAAAACGGAGUGUGAAGAGGUAGACAGAGGCAUUGUUGAAAGAGUUGACAGAAAACUAAGAAGAUUGGAAAAAUCGCCCAUAGCAUCGUUAUUCCCUUUCCUAAAAGGAGCCCACAUCACCUGCCCAAGUGUACCUAGGUUGUUUGGGUUCGCAAAGACACAUAAAAACAGUAAAGAGAUCAGACCGGUAGUAGAGAAGUGUAAAGGACCAACAUACAUUCUGGAAAAACGUAUGCAUAGGCAUUUAACACAACUAAUUGAAAACUACCAAUUUGUUACAAAGGACCCGUUUAGUUUGGUUAAGGACCUGCAGGAUCUGUCGUUAAUGGACAAUGAAAUUGGGACAGUUAUGGAUUUCGAAAGUAUGUUUCCAUCAAUAAAUCUUACCUCGUGUUUUCAGGAAUUAGUGAACCUGUUAUGUGAGUUACAACCAAAAGCAUACGAACACAAGAAAGAUUUAGAGAUAAUGGUUGAUCUGAUAUGCUUUCAGUCGUUUUUCAUUUUCCAAGGUAAAGUUUAUAAGCAGUUAAGGGGAGUCCCGAUGGGCAGCCCGAUGUCUGGCCUACUCUGUGAGUUGGUGCUGAAAAAAUUAGAAAGCAUGACGCUUAUCAGCUAUAAUGAGUACAUAAUCAUGUACAAAAGAUAUGUAGAUGAUGUUCUAAUUAUUUGGAAGAAUGACGCAAUGAUAAAACGAUUCUUAUGCCAAGUGAACUCUAACCAACAUGGCUUAAAACUUAACCUGGAGCAAAUUAGUAACAAGGAGCUGCACUUCCUGGACGUCAGCAUUGAAUUUAAGAAUGGAGCUUUAUGUACGAAGAUCUACAUUAAGCCCACGCAUGAUCCUAUGUAUAUUCCGGCAAAUUCUAAUGACCCAACGGUUUAUAAGCUGUCCGCAUUUAGAGCGCUAAUCAGAAGAGCGUUUCUCUAUUGCUCAAAUGUAAUAGACACCAUGAAUGAAUUGUGUAGGAUCAAAAAAGUUGCAAAGGAGUUAGGGUUUGGAGUAAGAUCUAUAGAACGGUUAAUAGAAGCGUACGUAAAACCUAAGAGCAGCUCUAAGAAGAAACCGGAAGCUGGGGUGUAUAGGUUGAUUAGAAAUGACAAAGAAAGAAUUGAUGAUAACGAACAGGCAGGAGUUUAUGCAAUUCCCUACAAAAAUGACCAGUUGGGAAUCGAUAAGGACUAUGUUGGGGUCACUAAUAGAAACCUUAGGGAACAAGAAAAAGGAUACAUGGAAGCUUUGGGUAAAGAAGAAUUUUGGCACUACAUGCUUGUUAAAGAGAAGAAAUUUUUGGAAAAUAGAUUUAUUGAAGAUCAUUUAAGUCAUAUGAAUGUUUCUAGAAGUUGGGAAUGA